UGUAAUCUUGAACCAACAAAAUGGUGAAGAAAGGGAUGGGUAAAGGUAAGGCUAAAAAGCCGAAAGCUGUAAAGAAGCCCAUGGAUGGGUUGAGCGCGGACAUGUACGAUGAGAUCGACGCUUUCCACAACAGUAAAAAUCGGGUCAUGUUAAAUGGGGCGGGUACCGAUGAGAGCGAUGAUGCAUACGAUGUUGAUGAAAACAAGGACGUAUUGGAUAUACACGAGUCAAGCAGCGAUAGUGACAAUGAUAGUGAUAAAGAAAGCAAUAAUUGGAAAAGGAGAGCAGACGAAGAAGGUGACGAUAGUGAGAGUGAUGGGGGUAGAUUUGGCGAAGAGAUACCAAUUGAGGCUUUAAAGAAUUGGGGCAGGAAGAAGAAAAUCUACUAUG